ACAAAUAAGAGUUCUAAUUGAGUUUAAUAUGAAAUGCUGUUUAUAGAGCAAUUAAUAGUGACUAAAGCUACUAGAUACCACGAAUAUUUCGUACAUCGAAUGAACAGCAGCGCCAACUAGUGUUAAAAAGUGAUAAAAGUGUAAAAAAGGAAAUUUCGAAGUAAAAAAAAUUCAUUAAAUAGAUUUUACUUAAUUACAUUAAAUUACGUGUACAAUUAAAGGAUUUAGAAGUAUAAGAGUAUAAUUGAUGAGAUGUCUGUUUAUGAUUGUGAACCACCACAAUUGGAUUGUGAUUUACCACCACCUGAUGAGGAAAUAAGUAGUAAAAGAAAGGAUCAUGAGAAUGAUUUCGACCUUGACGAUGAAGAACUUUCCUCAUACAGAACAAUUAAAGAACAUUCUACGAUUACAAACAACGUAUUGCAUUUAUAUGAUAGUAGUCCUCCACCUGUCGAUGACUUUUUCAUACAUAAAACAAGUUAUGAGGCAGACGAGCUAGAGAUCCCAGAAAUUGAAGUUGAAAUGGACGAAAUCGAGAAUAUUCAUCAUCCAGUUAGUGUUGCAGAAGUGAAUGAUUUAGAAAAUACAGUACCAAAAGACGAAACAAUUACAGAGGAAGUGAUAAACCCACCAAAUUUGGAAAGCACGGAGGGAAUUGAGAUACAGUCGUCAAUUGAACAUAAAACUGACUUAGAAUUAACAUCGAAUAAUAAUAAUGGAGAUAUUAAGGAUACAACACAUAAAGUUAAUGAUUUUACUCUUGAAGAUAUGCCAGAGGAUGAUGAUGACGGUUGGGGAGACGAUAUAGAAACUACUGUGGUUAAUAUAUUAGAGAAACUGCCCGAAGUGCAUAUAGAGGAGAGCUUACAAAAUAUUAAUGACGAUGAUGAUGAUGAUGAAUUUGACAAUUUUAAUGAUUUCGAACAAGCCAUUCCAAUUGAUAGACAUAUAGAGCAACAGAUUUCAAUCGAGAAGACUGUCGUGGAUGAACCAAAUGAAUUUCAAUUCGAAGCUGAUUUUAGUGCAUUUGAAGUUAAUUUUGAUAAUCAGUUCCAAAGCUUUAGUAAUAGCAAUGAAGGUCAAGAGUUUCACACGAGCAUAGAAAAAACAACAGCUGUAAUCGAUGACGAAACAUUCUUAAAUGAGACCAAUAAUGAUAAUGAUGAUGACGAUUUCGGGGAUUUUAAUGAUUUUGAGCAUCAGGGACCUUCACAAGACACAUUAAUCGCUCAACAAGAAAUCCAAUAUACACAGCAGACAUUAAGCAUUCUCGAUGAUUCAGAAGUCAAGACUAUAUUGAGUGAAAUGUUUCCAGUAAAUAAAAUUGAAGCAGACGACAGCACUACUUAUCCAAUUAUACACAAAGACAAAGGAAAUGAAAAUGAUAUGAAAAUUGUCAACGACGUGGAAUCAACGUUGGCACUUACUUACGAUUAUAAGGAUUCGUCAACUAAUCACAUAUUAAUUAAGGCAUUAGGAAUUGACGAAAGGAACAUUCUUUUUGGACCACAAUGGGCUGCCUCAAACAUGCCUCGAUUCGCAUCAGACUUAAGCUUUAAUCCAUUAGAGCCAGCAAAAUUUGCAUCAUCCUCAACAUCAUACAGAACUAAUAGUACAGUAAAUAGUAGCAUAAUUAGUAAAGCUAAAGAUAAAGACAUUGAGAAAGUAUCGAAAGAAGCACAACCAGAUAUAGUACCCGAAUUUGAUUGGAGUGUGGCUGGUCUAACAAAUCCUUUGGACGGUAAGCAAGCUAACACGUUAAAGCCAAAUGAAGAAUCAUCAUUGCCGUAUGAAUUGGGGAGUGCAUUUGAUGCGACACAAAAGAUUGCAGAAGUAGUUGGAUCCGAUAUAGACAAUAGCUUAACGAAACAUAUAUGGCAAAGUGAGCGAUUCGAGGUAGCCAACACGAUUGUUCGUGAACGAACUAUAAAACUUCCAGAAACUCACAUUUUUACGCCGAUUAAAAGUAUUAGUCCUGUUGCUCGUGAAGUGAGCAGGGAGUCGUCACCGAUCGAGAACGAUAAGGAUAAACGAUCUGUUGUCAUUAAGGAAUAUCAUGAUGUUGAAUACAGUCUUGAGUCAUCAAAGAAAACUGAUCAAGACAGUGAUUUUGGUGAUUUUAAUGAUUUCCAAUCAGCUAUUAAUGACGUUCCAAUUCAACCGUUAAAACCUGCUGUUGCUGCUACUAUUUUAUUACCCACAAAUGUAUUGGAACCACAAAAAUUGAGUGUUUUAGAGCCACAAAAAGUUAUUGAAUCGAAACAAUCUGAAAUUAUAAGUAACACUGCUGUUAAUGAGCAUGAGUUUAUGCCUAAAACUGUUACAAAUUUCCCAAAUCAAGUAUCAAACUAUGACGUUUUUGCGGAACUAGCAAAAGCUCCAAGUAAAACAAUUGAAGCUCAAAAAAAAUCAAUUGAGGAUGAUUUUGCAGAUUUCCAAGCAGCUCCAAUAAUCUUACCGCAAAAAGUUCCAAUUGAGAGGUUACAGCAUCAACCACUAUUUAGAGAAGACUCAUCAUUAACAUUAUCGCCAUCAAGAUUAGCAAACAGCAUGCAUAAAAUGUCAGAAUCAUCACAAGGUCAUCAGAAAGUAACAUCGUGGAUGCAUGAUUCAUUAGAUAGUGAUGAAAUAAGUCGUAUUGAGGCAGCAUUUCCAAAAUGUAAGGUAGAUAUUAAAAAGAAGCAACAUGCUGAUGAUGAUGAGUGGUGCGAUUUUCAGUCAGUAAGUCAAUCAUUAAAUCAAGUACCUAAUCAUACGUCUGAUAAUAAGAAAAUGAAUAGUAGUGAUAAUAAUGCAGACACAUCAGACUGGUCUGAUUUUGUAAGUGUUCCAAUUGUAAAACCGUCUAUAAAUGCUAGUCAAUUCCUAUCCAAACCUAAUUUUCCAUCGUGGAAUCAACCAUCAAAACCUUAUGUCAAUCACACGACAUCGUUCUUAAGUAGCAACAAUAGUCAUUACGAUCAAUCCUUUUACGCAAGGACUAAACAGCCAAUGACGAUAACGAAUAACUUUAAUUAUACUUUUGAGCGACAAGAAGUGUCGACAGUUUCACCAUAUCAAAUGUCUAAUGGAAUUUCAACAAUUUUACCCGAUCUACAAUUCGCAUUGCCCAAGACUCUUAUUAACCUGUCACGUGGCAAUGGAUCUGAUACAACAAAGAAAUGAUUGUUAGCUAAUUGCGGGCAGUUAAAUAUUGGUGAUGGUGAUAUGAUUUUGUAACAUUAAUGACUACUUAAAUUGAUGUAUCAUGUUAUGGACCUGAAAAUUUCACAUUUGUGCACUAAAGGAUACGUAAUUCAUCACAUACAUAUUUAUGUACGCUUUGGAAGUAAUCAGGACGAUGACUGUUUUUAAUGAAUGCCAUUACAUGAUACAUCCAGCUUUAGUAAAUAUUUCUGCAAUUGCCCGCAAAACACAUUUUUAGAUAAAAAAAAGAAUUGAAAUUUUCGCUUUUAUUUCUAUUGACUAUCAAUUUAAAAAAUUUAUUUGAGUUUUUAAUUAAAUUAAAUUAUUAUAAAUAACCAUCCAUUAUUCGCCUAGCGAUAAAAGUUAUGUAAAAGAAGCUUUUUUGUUGAUAUACUAUUAUUAUUAUGCCUCACAAAUAUUGACACUUGGUACACUCGACUGACUUUGAAGAUCUUUGCUUAAUUAAUUUGUGGAUUAGAAUUCUAAAUGGUAAUAUUAUCUUGAGCGUGAUCAAGAUGACGUCUUAAGAGAUGCCUAAUCAGGUGUAGAGAGGCAAAUCCAAUUUGUCGAAAUUCUUCUUCGGGAUCGUUCACUUAUGACGUCCGAAAAUAACGGUCAUUUUUCAAAAGAGAACAAUGGAUUUCCAGGAAUUUCUAUUGUUCUUUUCUUGCUGAACCCCCCCCCCCC